UUAUGUGUUUUGUUUUAGGAUGGUACAGAGCCAGUUGUGAAGGAUGUGCACCCAGGAGACAGUGUCCACAGCCUGCUCAGUAUUCUGGACAUCAUCACUGGUUAUCCAGCUCCAUAUAAGACUGUAUCAGCACGAGCUGCAACCCGCUCCACCAUAUUACGUUUACCUGCAUCUGCCUUUGAGUCUGUUUUUAAGAAAUAUCCAGAGACCCUCGUGCGGGUCAUUCAGAUAAUCAUGGUGCGCCUCCAGAGAGUCACCUUCUUGGCGUUGCAUAACUAUCUGGGCCUGACAACUGAGCUCUUCAAUCCGGACAGCCAGGCAGUGCCCUUAUCCAACAUAAACAGUGUUAUGGCUGAGGCAAAUUCUGGGAAGAUGACUCGUCGUCUUCACUUUCAGGACGAGGUACCUGCUGGGACCAUGGAAGGCCCUGUAGAGUCAGAUGGUGUAAAAGAUAGCCCAUCAAAUAGCUGCAGGAAGCUACGGUCCAUCACCAUUCCUACCGACUGCACAGGUAAUGACCUGAACAUGGCUUGUGAACGAGCUCGAGUCACGAUAGAGGAGGCACUGUCCAGUCCUGUGACUCAAAAGUCCAGUCUGAAGAAGAGUGUGACGAUGCUGCACACACCCUCUGAAGUGUUUCACUACACAGACAGUGGGGGGCACUCUGAUGCCAUCCACCUCAGUAAGAGCAGCACAAUCCUCCAGGCUGCUAAGAGAGACCUGCUGGGAAUCAUCCAGCUGCAGGAUCCAACUCUGCUCGAGGGCAGAGUCACGCUUCAUCAAGUCAAAGCAGGUUCUGUGGUGGCUCGUCAGGGAGACCAGGAGGUGAGCAUCCAGUUUGUGAUAUCCGGCCUACUCCACGUUUACCAGCGGAUGAUUGACCGCGAAGAAGAGACACGUCUGUUUGUGACGCACCCCGGGGAGCUUGUAGGCCAACUUGCUGUACUGACAGGAGAGCCGCUCAUAUUCACUGUCAAAACUCAGAGAGACUGCAGCUUCCUCUCCAUUUCCAAAACCCACUUCUAUGAGAUAAUGCGUGUGGAGCCCAAUGUUGUGCUGAAUGUUGCUCACACAGUGGUGAGGAGGAUGUCAUCUUUUGUCAGACAAAUAGAUUUCGCUCUCGACUGGAUGGCCGUGGAAGCUGGCAGGGCUGUCUACAGGCAGGGAGAGAAAUCAGACAGUACGUUCAUAGUACUGAGUGGUCGACUUCGCUCUGUAAUCAUGAAGGAGGACGGCAAGAAGGAGCUGAUAGGAGAGUAUGGACGCGGUGACCUGAUUGGAGUGGUUGAAGCCCUGACCCAUCAGAACAGAGCCACCACCGUGCACGCUGUACGAGACUCUGAGCUGGCCAAGCUACCGGAGGGAGCUCUCAGCUCCAUCAAGAGGAAGUUCCCACAGGUUGUGACCAGGUUGAUCCACUUACUUGGACAGAAGAUCCUCCAGCAGGUCAACGGUCCUCUGACAACUCGCAGUUUGGCACUCCACACUCCCGGCAGUAAAUGGGAUGCAGGGAACCAAGCAUCCAACCUCUCAACUGUGACCGUCCUGCCUGUUUCAGAGGAGGUCCCUCUGACUGCCUUUACCCUGGAGCUGCAGCAUGCUCUCAUCGCAAUAGGCCCCACUCUGCUGCUGACUAGUGACGUUAUCAAACAGCGACUUGGAGCUGCAGCACUUGACAGCGUCCAUGAGUACCGCCUGUCCAGCUGGCUGGGCCAACAGGAAGACCUCCAUCGUAUAGUUCUUUACCAGACUGACUACACACUGACGCCGUGGACACAGCGGUGCAUCCGUCAGGCCGACUGCAUCAUCAUUGUGGGAAUCGGGGAGCAGGACCCUGCUGUCGGGGAGCUGGAGCGCAUGUUAGAGGGAAGUGCAGUACGUGCUCAGAAGCAGCUGGUGCUGUUGCACAGAGAAGACGGCCCCCAGCCCAAAGGAACUGUGGACUGGCUGAACAUGAGAAGCUGGAUCUCCAGACACCUCCACCUCUCCUGUCCCCGAAGGGUCUUCUCCAAGAGAAGUCUGCCCAAACUGUUGGAGCUGUACCAGCGUGUGUUUGAGAAACCAGCAGACCGCCACUCUGACUUCUCCCGUCUUGCUCGCGUCCUCACGGGCAAUGCUAUCGCCCUUAUUCUAGGAGGAGGAGGAGCAAGGGGUUGUUCCCAGGUGGGGAUCUUGCGAGCUCUCUGCGAGGCCGGCAUCCCGGUGGACCUCAUUGGCGGCACUUCCAUUGGGUCCCUAAUGGGGGCACUAUAUGCUGAAGACCGCAGCCACUCCCGCAUGAGGAUGAGGGCCAAAGAAUGGGCAAUGGAAAUGACGUCAGUGUUUAAGAAGGUUCUGGAUUUAACAUACCCGGUCACCUCCAUGUUUUCCGGGGCUGCCUUCAACUCCAGCAUCAGCAACGUCUUCAAGAGUAAACAGAUCGAGGACCUUUGGAUCCCAUAUUUCAAUAUCACAACUGACAUCACUGCCUCGGCCAUGAGGGUACACACUGAUGGCUCUCUGUGGCGAUACGUCCGCUCCAGCAUGUCUCUUUCUGGGUAUCUCCCUCCUCUCUGUGACCCCAAAGAUGGACACUUGCUGAUGGACGGAGGCUACAUCAACAAUCUGCCUGCUGAUGUGGCACGCUCCAUGGGGGCCAAAGUGGUGAUCGCUAUUGACGUGGGCAGCAGAGAUGAAACCAACCUCACUAAUUAUGGCGACUCGCUCUCAGGCUGGUGGCUGCUAUGGAAACGCCUCAACCCACUAGCUGAGAAAGUAAAGGUGUUGAACAUGGCAGAGAUUCAGACACGGCUGGCUUACGUGUGUUGCGUGAGGCAGCUGGAGUCUGUGAAGAACAGUGAGUACUGCGAGUACAUCAGGCCGCCAAUCGACAGAUACCGCACUCUGGAGUUUGGAAAGUUUGAUGAGAUUGCUGAGGUGGGAUACCAGCACGGCAAGACUGUGUUUGAUGUUUGGAGACGCAGCGGAGUGGUGGAGAAAAUGUUGAAAGACAGACACCAGGAGGACUUCCACAACAGCCAAAGCAAGAACAAUGUGGUGACGUGUCCCAAUGCUUCCUUCACUGACCUGGCAGAAAUCGUGUCUCGCAUCGAGCCCGUUAAACCUGCUCUGGUGGAUGAUAAAGAGGAGUCAGACUACCACACUGACUAUGAAGAGGAGGCGGUGGAGAGCGCUCUGUCUGACAUGGAGCUGUACAACCGAUCAGGAGAGCACACCGAAGGGGAGGAGACUGCUGACACGGAUGAAGAUCUGGAUUUGAGUCGCAAACAUCGUUUAACCAAACUCACUGCCAGCGAGAAGUAAGUGCCCGAACAGUCCACGAAGAGAAGACAGGACUAACGAACUCUGCUGGAACAGGUCAUCAUGAUUUAACCUGCGUCUCUUGGCCACACGUUACCCUCCAGUUGGUCCCAUGUCACUCAAACCUCCUCCAUCCUCCCCCGAGACUAUCGGAGUAACCCUGAUUACCAUCGUGCCCUCUGUAACCCGGCCUCGUUAGCUGUGUGGCUCACAAGCUCAAUGCAAAGUCCCUUAAAAAAACCCUGCUACAGCCAGAACAAGAUUUACUAAGCUACAAAUCUUAGUCUGAACAGAAGCAGCUGAAAGCUUCAUUAUUCCUCAUAUUGAGAGUGGAGAUGACUUUCUGUAGCUUUACAUGCACUAGUCCAGUGGAAGAUCAUGAAGAAGAUAGGAAACGUAACAAGAUACAUCACCUCUGAAAUAUUUAUUUCAUGAAAACAGUGAAUCUUUGUUGAAAACAGAAGUUACAGAGUCACUUUACUGAAAUAAAGAAUGUUUUAUUUUCAUCUACACAUGUAGAUCACUCUUACAUCCCCAUCAAUGAGGUUAAUCUCCAACAGGAUUAAAAUAUCAGAUAAAAAACAGAACCACGUCUAAAUGAUUAAAUACGUUACUCAGAGUCGCUGUCAUCGCCCCCCCCCCCAUCCACACUGACUUCAUGUUGAUGCCUUUAGUGUUUUGGGAGCUUAAAUUGAGCCUGAACCACACUCUUCAAAAAAAUAACCAUGAGCACAUACAGCACAUCCUCCGAGGCUCAACAAGCCCACAUUUACAUUCAUUCAAUCCGUAGUUUUAUUUUGAAAAAUCCUGGAUUCAACCCUUGAUCCGGAUCCAUGCCACAUUUUACUGGGUUCUCUGUUCCGACCCAAACCACAUCCUUUCACCAAGUGUCGUGGUAACGUCCAGUACCUCGUUGGCUCGGGCGAUUACAAAAUUUGAUUUGAGUAAAAAUGAGGCUUUAAAAGAUUUUGUUUCUUUCAAGGAUAUGGAAAGAUUUGACAGUUUGAGUCCCUCCUUUCAUUUCCUUGUUUCUGUCCUUUAAAGUUUUGCAGACACAGUUAAUGUUGUGAACAUCUUCAACUCUCACUCUGCAGUCAACACGAAUUUAAAAAAAUCAAGCAGCAUGGUCGAAUUAGUCAUGUACAUACACACCACACACCACACACACACACACACACACUCUGGUCUCACACUGACGGCAGCACAGUGUGGAUGUGUUGGGUGAACUCAGCUCGUCUCAGUGAACUUUAUGCACAGCGACUUUGUUUGAGUCACGUCUUCACGGGAACAUGCUGUAACAUUUUUGGGCCAAAACCUCUUUCCACCUUUUUUUUUUUUUUCUUCUCCUUGGUGAUUUGGAUCUUCAGUUUUUUGGAAACUGCAAAAGAAAAAACCCCAGAUGUUGUUAGGUACAUAUUUUAUAGUCAAAGUGGUGAAUAAUUCAACAUGUUUCAUAUUUAAAGGAAGAAUGUAUACAACCUCAGCCGUACAUACAUUUCUGCACAGGUCACCACAGUUGGACAAUCAUUCCACAGAUGCAAUGCAAUGCACAACUAACAAACUG